AUGACGACGCCCCGGCUCCGCCACUACCUGGCCGUGGGCGGCGCCGACGCGUGCGUGCUCAACGUCAAGGCGGAGUGGGAGGUGGUGAAGAGGUGGGAGGCGAGCAAGGCGCCGGUGAACGCGCUGGAGUUUGCGCCGGAUGCCAAGGCGCUCUACGCGGGCUGCAGCGACCACAACCUCAGGGUCAUUGCGUGA